UGUGAAUAUCCAGGAUUUUUUUGCAAGGUGAGGUCUGGGAUCGCGGGAACUGGAUCGAAAUGUUGGUUAGGAAUGCAAAUUCGUGGGAAUUCUAGUUCCGAUCUUGAAAUUAGGGCGCGAAUCGAAGGCUAAAGCAAUGGAUGUGGACUCAUCGUCGAUGGUGCCGGAGACCGAUCACGAUCCGGCAGUACCAAACCACAGUACGACGUCGUCACCGGCCGCAGUGGAAGGGGAGCAACAACUAGGCGAGCAGGCGCAACCGGGAACUGGAUCUCCGCCGCAGCAGCCUCAGACGGCAACGGCGGCGGCGGCUCCACAGGCACAGCAGACUCCGGUGGCCGGGCCCAGGCACGCUCCAACAUACUCGGUGGUCAAUGCAAUUUUAGAGAAAAAAGAAGACGGGCCAGGGCCCAGGUGUGGCCACACGUUGACUGCGGUGGCGGCCGUGGGAGAGGAGGGCACGCCGGGCUACAUUGGCCCCAGGUUGAUUUUAUUUGGGGGUGCCACAGCUCUUGAGGGCAAUUCGGCUGCUUCAGGGACUCCAUCAUCAGCUGGAAGUGCUGGCAUAAGACUUGCAGGUGCCACCGCAGACGUGCAUUGUUAUGAUGUGCUAACAAAUAAAUGGUCUAGGAUCACACCCUUUGGAGAACCUCCCACCCCAAGGGCUGCACAUGUAGCAACAGCUGUAGGAACUAUGGUGGUUAUUCAGGGUGGAAUUGGUCCUGCUGGUUUGUCUGCUGAGGAUCUUCAUGUUCUUGACCUCACACAGCAACGGCCUCGAUGGCACAGGGUUGUUGUUCAAGGCCCUGGACCUGGGCCACGGUAUGGACAUGUGAUGGCAUUAGUGGGGCAAAGAUAUCUUAUGGCAAUUGGUGGGAAUGAUGGAAAACGGCCAUUAGCUGAUGUUUGGGCUCUCGACACAGCUGCCAAACCUUACGAAUGGCGUAAGUUGGAACCAGAGGGGGAGGGUCCACCACCAUGCAUGUAUGCAACUGCAAGUGCAAGGUCUGAUGGUCUUCUCCUCCUCUGCGGAGGGAGGGAUGCAAAUAGUGUGCCAUUGGCAAGCGCAUAUGGUCUUGCCAAACAUAGGGAUGGCCGUUGGGAAUGGGCAAUUGCUCCUGGUGUUUCACCUUCUUCAAGAUAUCAACAUGCAGCAGUCUUUGUUAAUGCACGUCUGCAUGUUUCUGGAGGGGCCCUUGGUGGUGGCCGCAUGGUUGAAGAUUCAUCAAGUGUUGCAGUGUUGGAUACUGCAGCAGGAGUUUGGUGUGAUACAAAAUCUGUGGUUACUAGUCCAAGGACAGGUAGAUACAGUGCUGAUGCAGCCGGUGGGGAUGCUGCAGUUGAGCUGACAAGGCGUUGCAGGCAUGCAGCUGCAGCGGUUGGUGACUUGAUCUUUAUAUAUGGUGGUCUACGUGGCGGAGUGCUGCUUGAUGACCUACUUGUUGCGGAAGAUUUGGCUGCUGCUGAAACAACAACUGCAGCUUCGCAUGCUGCAGCUGCAGCUGCUCAAUCUGGACAAGGCCGUUUACCUGGAAGGUAUGGAUUCAUUGAUGACAGAGCAAGGCAGUUGCCCGAAGCAGCCCCUGAUGGUGCUGUUGUGCUGGGAAAUCCAGUUGCCCCCCCAGUAAAUGGUGACAUGUAUACUGAUAUAAGUACUGAAAAUGCUUUGCUCCAGGGAACCCGGAGAAUUAGCAAAGGUGUAGAGUACUUAGUUGAAGCAUCAGCAGCAGAAGCUGAGGCAAUCAGUGCCACUUUGGCUGCUGCCAAGGCACGACAAGUUAAUGGAGAAGUUGAACUACCUGAUAGAGAUCGUGGUUCAGAGGCUACCCCCAGUGGGAAGCAGAUAUCUACCUUGAUCAAGCCUGAUUCUGCUGGGUCAAAUAAUAUUCCUUCCGCUGGAGUGCGACUGCAUCAUAGAGCUGUUGUUGUAGCUGCAGAGACUGGUGGAGCUUUGGGUGGCAUGGUGAGGCAACUUUCAAUUGAUCAAUUUGAAAAUGAAGGCAGGCGGGUUAGUUAUGGGACUCCAGAGAGUGCUACUGCAGCAAGGAAAUUGUUAGAUCGACAGAUGUCCAUUAAUAGUGUGCCCAAAAAGGUAGUGGCACAUCUUUUAAAGCCUCGUGGGUGGAAGCCUCCGGUUCGUCGGCAAUUUUUCUUAGAUUGUAAUGAAAUAGCAGAUCUUUGUGACAGUGCUGAGCGAAUAUUCUCUAGUGAACCAAGCGUCUUACAGCUUAGGGCUCCUAUCAAGAUAUUUGGUGAUUUACAUGGGCAGUUUGGUGAUCUCAUGCGCCUUUUUGAUGAGUAUGGUUCACCUUCAACGGCUGGGGAUAUUGCAUAUAUCGACUAUCUCUUCUUAGGAGAUUAUGUUGACCGGGGCCAACAUAGCUUGGAAACCAUUACUCUUCUGCUUGCUUUGAAGGUUGAGUAUCCCCAGAAUGUACAUUUAAUUCGUGGCAACCAUGAAGCUGCAGAUAUCAAUGCUCUAUUUGGCUUUCGGAUUGAAUGCAUUGAACGAAUGGGUGAGAGAGAUGGAAUUUGGGCAUGGCAUCGAAUAAACCGUUUGUUUAAUUGGCUUCCGCUAGCAGCUCUGAUUGAAAAGAAAAUCAUUUGUAUGCAUGGUGGUAUUGGUCGGUCUAUAAAUCAUGUGGAACAGAUUGAGAAUCUCCAGCGUCCUAUUACAAUGGAAGCUGGCUCCAUUGUGCUUAUGGAUUUGUUAUGGUCUGACCCAACAGAAAAUGACAGUGUGGAAGGUUUAAGACCAAAUGCUAGGGGUCCUGGGUUGGUUACAUUUGGGCCUGAUCGUGUCAUGGAAUUCUGCAAUAACAAUGAUCUUCAGUUGAUUGUACGUGCACAUGAAUGUGUAAUGGAUGGAUUUGAGCGUUUUGCCCAGGGGCAUCUGAUUACACUUUUCUCUGCUACCAAUUAUUGUGGUACGGCCAAUAAUGCAGGGGCAAUCCUAGUCUUGGGUAGGGAUCUUGUGGUGGUUCCAAAACUCAUUCAUCCCCUACCACCAGCAAUUUCAUCACCAGAAACUUCACCGGAACGCCAUAUUGAAGACACAUGGAUGCAGGAAUUGAAUGCAAACAGACCUCCAACACCGACUAGAGGCCGUCCCCAAGUAGCUAAUGAUCGGGGUUCCCUUGCUUGGAUAUAGUUGAUUAUUCUGAAUUGCUUCGUCAUAUCAUAUUCAUUCUGGCCUCGUUCUUCCACAUGGGAUUACUAGUGCUGUAUAGAGCAUGAUGUCAAAUACAAGAAGUUCCCCUGUUCUUCCACAUGGGGUUUCUCGUGGUGUAUAGAGCAUGAUGCCAUAUACAAGAAGUUCCAAAACUUGUGAUCUUUUUUCCAGAUAACAAGUUUGAAGGCUUUCUGAAAUUUUGGUUUACUUUACACAAUUGGUAGGCCAUGAGAUGAUGAGAAGAUACAGAGUUGAAGAAGCAGGUUGCGUUCGGCGGGUAGGUUUUACUUUGUUUGAUGUGCUAAAAGUUGCGGUUCAGGUCAACCCACCCUUUGUAAAUUGAGCUACAGGCAGGUAGAAAUCGUCUUCGUUCUUCCCGUGGAUUGGUAGUGUUGAGUAUUCUUCUGAUUAUAUAUUGUUUUAUUCCUCGUUUUAGGUUUAUUAAUUUCCGUUUGAAGAGGACACGGGGUCUAUUUGUGGUGGUGAGAUAUAUGAAAUGUUUAGAAUCUUUGUGAGCGUCGGUCCGUCAUUGUAUCAUAGAGGUAUUGCUUUGUGUAAUAUUUCAUCUCUGUUUUGUACAAUGUAACAUUGUGUGAUAUCCGACACAUGCAUUGUGAAGUUUUGGUCGUAAAA